GCACCGAAUGUCUCGAUCUCCAAGAUCAGAUGCAAGUAAACUAGCGUGCUACUUUUGCAUGAUCUGAAAAGGUUAUUUGUAAUGAUAUUGCAAACACAGCUACGUAAUUAGUUAGCUAUGUUGGGCAAUCAUGGCAUCCAACCUAUCACACUGGUUUUCACCAACACGAAAAACUGCUUUAUUCACCUUCCUUCAAACUUAGUAACACAGCUCUCUCUUCAUGAGAACCAGGCCCUGGAGCUGUCCUGGGAUCACUAUUCCAGCGUGUUCCUGAGCUGGACCAAAAGCAGAAGCCCUGACAACCAGGAGGACAAUAAAGCAGAGCUGAGCCGUCAUCUGGGAGAAAAGCUUGGACUCCGAGACGGCGAGCAGGGGUUCUUGCGACCGUGCACGCAAGUCCUGUCUGUCCAGCAGGUGUUGGUGGAGCCUCUCACCGCUGAUGACUGGGAGAUCCUGGAGCUCCACGCUGCGGUGCUGGAGAAGCAGCUCCUGGACCAGAUCAGGAUGGUAUUUCCUGAUGCAGUGUUCCCAGUGUGGGUCGACCAGAGAACAGUCAUUUACAUCAAAAUAGUGUCACUCUCCCCAACUGUGCCAUAUGGUCGAUUAGAACAGUUCACAGAGCUGAAUGUCUCUCCUAAAAUUCGGGCUGGUAACAAGGACCUUUUCAGUGCCCCUUUACAAACAACCUUACCCACUCUAAACCAGCCCCUCCACAAGCAGCCAGAUGUUGACCGCGCACCCUCUUCGAAGUCCUCUCUGGAGAGCAGCAUACAGGAAGCUGGACUUCCUGUAGAACAACACUAUCGGAUCCACCAGCACUGGCGUGGGAUAGCAGACCUGAAGAGCCUAGUCCGAUACAUGCUAACAGGGAACCGUGACCCGGUAAAAGAGACUCCUUCCAUCCCCACAGUCCCCCCCCUCCUCCCCGACUCAGCUUUCAGAGUAUGCAGAGGAUGGCCCAUGUCUCCCGACCCCCUGUGUGGCCCCCAUGGGGUCGUCCACAUCCAGCCCCGGGGUCGGCUGACGGAAGGUCAUCUGACGGAAGGUCAUCUGACGGAAGGUCAUCUCAGUGGAAGCCGAACGGCUGUGACGUACGGAGUACUGUCCAAGAUGCUCUCCCCCAAGGAGGCGAGAGAAAGCGCCAAGCUGGCCAUGGAGGAGAAGAAGAAGAAGAAGAAGAAGAGUGGAGGUGCUCACCAGCCCAGUGGAGGAGGCGCAGGGGACCGGGAGGAGGAAGAGGGGGAGGGCACUGUGGUCAAGGUGGUGUGCCACCAUCCAGAGAAGCUGAACGGGAAGCCGGAAUCAUCUAGACAGGGUGAGGUCCAUGGUGGAAGCAUCUGGAUUCCACAGUCCCUGAGAGCCGGGCUGCAUAUUGACAUACACUCAUCGGUGAGAAUCAAGCCAAUCAAGUCAACUCCUAAAGUGGCCACGAGUAUCCACCUACAGCCUUUACAACAACUGCCUGAGGCAGAGACUGAGGAGCAGAUUCAGAUGGCCUUCCUGGGUUGGCUGCACUCCCAGAGCCACGACCCACUAGGCUGUCUGACGGGUCAUUCUAACACCAUCCUAAUGCCGGCCACUGAAGGGAUGUGGGAAUUUGCUCUGACUGUGCUGAAGUCAGAACCUGAGGCUAAGAGGAAGUCAUCGGAUCAGCUGUUUCUACUGACUCCUUGUGUGAUACACAAAACAGACAUUCAGGUUGUCAGGGAACCCGUAAACAUGUCUACUGUGAGAGUCAUGGGUGACACUCUUAUAAAAGAUCUACCCCUUCUCUGCAGUCUUGGUGGUGUGGAGGAACUGAGCAGGACAGGGUUCGACUUCCUCUCCCACAGCCUGAUGGGACGGCCCCUGUCCCGGGAGUUGGUGACGCCCAGCCGGGGACUGAGGGGUGGUGCCCUGUUCAUCACGGGUGCCAAGGGAAGUGGGAAGACUGCCCUGUCCAGAGCGCUGUGCAGAAAAGCAAUGGAGGACCUGGAUGCUCACGUUGAAGUGGUUGACUGCAAAAAGCUGAAAGGGAAGAGGGCAGAGACCGUGAGGCAGAUGUUGGAGGAGGUUUUUGAACAGGCGGUGUGGAAGCAACCCUCUGUGGUCCUACUGGACGACCUGGAUCAUGUGACAGGGGCGCCAACCUCGCCGGAACACGAACACGGACCGGAGUCUCUCUUACGCCAGCACAUCGCCCAGAGUCUGAAGGACCUAGUGUGUGACGUGGUGUUGCGCUCCAGCCUGGUGUGUCUGGUCGUCAGUGGGGUCAGUGAACGUUCCCUCCACCCGUCACUCAGGGAGGUCCAGGGAUCCCACUUCAUCCAGGGCUACAUCCACAUCCAUCCUCCUGACCAGGUCCAAAGAGCAGAGAUCCUGCGCUGCCUGAUUCUCAGGAAGUCCGGCGCGUCCCCGGAGAACAUGCUGUCCCUCGACCUGGGGCUCGUCGCCAAGGAGACCGAGGGCUUCUUGCCCCGUGACCUGGCCCUUCUUCUGGAGAGGGCCAUCCAUGCCAACGCCCUACACAGGCCACACAGCACCCAGGGGCUGUGUCUGUCGGGUAGGGACUUUGGGCAGGCCCUGAAGGGCUUCACCCCUCCCUCUCUGUGGGGUGCUCAGCUUCAGUGCCCCAGUGGGCCGGGCCUUCAGAGGGUUGGAGGCCUGCAUCACGUUCGCCAGCUACUCAUGGACACCAUCCUGCUCCCAGCCAAGUAUCCAGUUCUUUUUGCCAGCCUUCCAAUCCGGCAACGCUCAGGAAUUCUGCUGUAUGGCGCUCCUGGCACAGGGAAAACCCUGAUGGCUGGUGCCGUGGCCAAGGAGAGUGGGUUGAACUUCAUCAGCAUCAAGGGUCCCGAACUUCUCAGCAAGUACAUUGGAGCCAGCGAGCAGGCUGUCAGAGAUGUCUUCCAGAGGGCCCAGGCUGCUAAGCCAUGCAUUUUGUUCUUUGACGAGUUUGACUCCCUGGCCCCGAGGAGGGGUCACGACAACACUGGGGUCACGGACCGGGUGGUCAACCAGCUACUGACCCAGCUGGACGGAGUGGAAGGACUACAGGGUGUGUAUGUCCUGGCUGCCACCAGUCGUCCAGACCUGAUAGACCCUGCUCUGCUGAGGCCAGGGCGUCUGGACAAGUCCCUGUACUGCCCCCCUCCUGACCAGGAGGCCCGUGUUGAGAUCCUCCGGGUUCUGACCCACUCUGUCCCCCUGGCUGCAGACGUGGACCUGGAGGAGAUAGGUGCGGCCACAGACAUGUUCACUGGAGCUGACCUGAAGGCCUUGCUCUACAACGCCCAACUAGAAGUUAUCCACAAUAUCCUGGGACCUGGCCUGCUGCAUGACCCGGGCUCGGGUUCGGAUAGUGACGUGAGCCUGUCCUCCAUGGUCCUACUGAACCACAGCAGUGGUUCUGACGACUCAACGGGGGAGGCUGACGGGGAGGUUGGCAGCGUGCUGGACCCCUCCACGGCGCCGCUGGACUCCAACGACGGGCCCCCCGAGGACCCCCGCGGGAACCUCUGGAGGCUGUAUUUCGGCAGCUCCUUCGAAUCUGAGCUGGAAAACCCCUCUUCCUCAGGACAGAACUCCCAGGCUGCCUCAGGGCCCAACUCUAACGAGCUGACUAGUGCAUCUGCCAGAGACCCGGGCUUCUCCCACACCCUGGCCUACAUGUCCUCCCUGCAGGACGGCUACGAGGAGCUCAGCUCUGAGCAACUGGAACGCCUACACAUGGACAUCAGCGACAUUAAGAGCAACUACAGACGAGUCACAGAGGAGAGUGUCCUUGCCCAGGUUGGCCCCAGCAGGCCUGGUGUGCUCCUGAGUCAGGCCCACCUCACCUCAGCCCUGGCUAACACCAGAGCGUCCCUCAGCAAGCAGGACUGGAGGAGGUUCACAGACCUCUAUGAGUCUUUUGAAGCUCUGGGAGAAGGAAAACCGCAGAGGUCAUUGAUGUUCAAACCCGGCCAAAAAGUAACCUUUGCCUAAUGACUUGUUCAUGUGUAUCUGCUAGAUUUGAUUAUGUACAUUUAAUGCUAUUUUCAUUAAUAAUUUAAUUGUCAUUUAAAUAUAAAUAAGGCUGUACAGUAUUGUAUGAUAUGGAUAUAUAUAUUGUACUGUCAAAUAAUUGUGAUUAUAUUUAUGGACUAAA